AUCACUCCUGCUUCCAUGUUUCCUCUCUCCAAAUCUGCGCACUGGUUAAGCGCGGCCCACAACCCUCAGACCCCCUUCAGCAGGUAAAACCCUCAGGUUCAGCCCCCUAAGCCUUACAGCCCCCCAGGUUCACCCCCUACUGCAGGUACACUCCCCCAGGUGGCCCUGGGCUCUGUGGCUUGUGGUCGCGCCUCCACCAGUGGUCCGCCCGUCUCUCCCAUUGCAUGCAGCUGUAACUUGUCUCAGUUACAACUCACCCUUAGUCCCCCCACUGCCCACUGACCAGCUCUGUCUGGUUUAUCUUCUGUUUCGCUGCAACCUCACCCUUCCCUCGCUUCUAGUCUCACAUGGUCUCCCAACCUCCCUCCCCUGUGUGCCUCCCCAUUCUACCCCUACCAGGUCGCUUGGCAUCCAUUGAAGAUUGCAGCAGUGAAGCAGAGCAGCAGCAACAGCAGCAGCAGCAGCUGGACUUGGGACGGAUCGGAGCUCUGAAGCAAGGACAGCUGGAGGUGGAGUCCCUCUCCCCUCACUCUCCUUCCCCUCUCUCCUCCCCCCCCCUCCCCAGCAGCAGCAAGGGCAGGAGGCAGCAUGUCUUGAGCUCUGAGGGAGCGGAUUCCCCACCAUAAUCCCCCUUCCCCUCCCAGCAGCCUCAGGCAACAUGGCACCACUCUGCAUCGCUCUGGUAGGGGGAGGCUUAAUGGACACCGUCAGAGUCGGCCGGCCGGCGGCUCUGGUUCGCGUCAGCUCUAGCCACGUCAGGGGUGGGAUUUGAGUCUUUGGCUGGAAGCGCUUUUCCACUGCCACACCUCGCCCCACGAGGUGCACUCUCUGGGGUGCUGCUUCCCAAGGGGAGUGGGCUGUCUGCUGCUCCUACUGCUCAC